CAUAUUUUGUGUGGCCCAGGCAAAGUAAACAUUACUGUCAUCCACACAUUUGCUGAUAUCUACGGAGGUGCAAGGAAGAUCUUCCACAAAAGCAGGGUCGUAGUUCAGUUUGUGGCUGAACUUCAAGAUAGGAUGGCAGAACCUCCCCUCAGAGAGUGGAAAACUGGUCUAUUUGACUGCUGUGCAGAUUGCAGUACUUGUUGCUACGGGUUCUGGUGCUGGCCUUGCCUUGCCUGCACUGUUUCAGGAUUAUUUCAAGAGAACUACUGUCUGCCUUUAUGUGACAUUCUGACUCCCGCUGUACUUGCAGCCUGUGGGAUUCCUCUGAUUGUCCCCCCUGCGGCAAUUUCUCUUAGGGCUUCCAUUCGGCACAAAUAUCGAAUAAAAGGUUCCCUCUGUGAAGACAUGGCAAUUUCAUGCUUCUGUGUCUCGUGCUCCUGGUGUCAGAUGCAUCGUGAGCUGAAGGGUGGGGCUCCUGUCACUGUGGUGCAGCAGCCCCAACAACAAAGUACUGUGAUCAACGUGCAGGCUAAUCCUGUCAUGACGAUUAAUCAAAACCCUUCUCCACCUCCUGCUGGUUUUCAAAACCCGGUUAUGUUUCAAAACCCUCCUCAGUAUCCUGCUGGUUUUCAAAACCCUCCUCAGUAUCCUGGUGGUUAUCAAAACCCUCCUCAAUAUUCUGAAGUCCCAAAGUCCUGUUAAAAGUUCUAAUGCUUAUAAUUCCUAACAACAUCUGAACAAACUUGUGAAAAAUGUAAGUUUCUCUGAUCAUUCAUGAUCAUGUUGGUGUAUAAUGGGAUUCUUUACUUUAUCCAAAAUAUCAAUUAACUGCCAAUACUUCCAAAGAAUGCGUUGGAUUUGAGUAAAUUUAGUUCAUAUGUGUAUUUACUUUAUUAUAAACAUUGCAUGACUACUUUAUUACUUUGAAAUGGAAAAUGUUAAAUUGAUUUGUAAACAGUGUCAAGAACAAAAUGAUAAAUAAAAACUGAGUGACUUGACCUUA